AUGUUUAAAGGCCUCGUUUGUAUAAUAACAGGAGGGGCUUCGGGCUUAGGUCGUGCAACUGCUGAAUUACUUGUAAAGCAAGGGGGUCGCAUCACUAUCUGUGAUCUACCCACUAGCCCUGGACCAGAUACUGCUAAACAACUUGGCGAAAAUGCAGCAUUCGUACCCGUUGAUGUGACAUCAGAGAAAGACGUUAAAAAUGCUUUGCAAACAACUAUGGAUAAGUUUGGUCGACUCGAUGUGGCUGUCAACUGUGCAGGCAUAGCAUCAGCUUCUAGAAUUUAUAAUUUCAAGAAAAAUCAACCCUUUGACCUUAAGUUGUUCCAAAAAACUAUUGAGGUCAAUUUAGUAGGCACAUUCAAUGUCAUCAGACUAGUGGCUGGUAUGAUUGGAAAAAAUGCACCUGAUGCUGAUGGACAAAGGGGUGUUAUCAUAAACACUGCGAGUGUAGCCGCAUUUGAUGGCCAGAUUGGGCAGGCAGCAUAUUCAGCGUCUAAAGCCGGUGUUGUAGGUAUGACUUUGCCAAUCGCCAGAGACCUCGCUAAGCAAGGCAUUAGAGUAGUCACAAUCGCACCAGGUUUAUUUCGCACGCCGAUGAUGCAGAAGCUGCCGGAGCCUGCUAUUAAAGAAUUGGAAGCUUCUGUGCCAUUCCCGCCCCGUCUCGGAAAUCCACACGAAUAUGCUUUGCUUGUCCAAAGCAUUAUUCAAAAUCCAAUGCUCAAUGGAGAAACAAUAAGGCUUGAUGGAUCGUUAAGAAUGCAACCUUAA